AUGGCUACCAAGACACGGUUCCACGAAGAUUAUCCAAGGGGGCAAGAUGAGUUUCUAGACACACGGCAUCGGCGGGGUAGAUUCUCACCCCCGUUUGAUGGGACUAGAGGAGAAUGGCAUACUAGGCGCCGGCGUCGAGGUAGAGACGAAGAGUAUGAAGAAGAAUUCGAAAUUGAGGUCGACCGGGACAGGCACACCGGACACCACAGAUCACCGAGACACUACAGUUGUCCUCGCGAGACCAGAAAGCCUCCUCCCCGAGUUGUGGAGAGGGAGGAUCUUGUGGUUCGGAGGGAGGAAAGUCCUGGAUGGAAGGGAAGGGAGAAGAAUGACUUGAUUGCAAGACGAGAGAAAGAUAUCGAUAUUCAUUUUGAGGGUUCUGCCGACCCCGUUUUGCCUCGGCAUCGACCGUCUCAUAUAUAUGAAGAAGAUAUAUUUGAACACCAGCGACAUGGUAGACAUGGCCACACCCCUCCGCAUAGAGGAGAAUUGUACGUGGAAGUGGAUACUGAGGACUCUAGGACAAGAAGACCUAAGAAACACCACAGAGACCACGAAGAUGAAAGGGUUCUUGAAGUCGACGUAGACAUCCAUGAAGGAUUGGACGAUCGGCAUUAUAGAGGGCGAAACCAUGACCCUUUAGUGUUGAGGCCGCGUGAACUAGUCCCAGCUCAUAUCCGAGAGGAAGAUGAAUACUAUAGCCGGCACGUUGCGGAACGGCCAUUAGAGAAAGAGAGAUAUCGAGAUACCUCUCAAGAUUGGUGCAUCAUGGAUGUUCCUUCUGGGGCACGACAGGCCAUGGCUGACGGACUCGGAGAUGCCAGUGAAGAUAUUUCAUGGCGUAAAAACAACGGUGUCCGAAGAUCUAGGCAUCUUUCUGAUAAGUAUGACAGGGAAGUUCAUGGAACAGUUGCGAAACGGUAUGUCGGUGUUAAAGAAAAGCGUGAAGAACUCUGGACAGAGAUCACCAAGGACCUUGUUGUGAAGGAAGCCAUCGAAGAGGCAGGGUAUGAUUAUGAAGAGACAGCUGAUUUCUUCUACGUCUUUUCGUAUCUGGAAUAUGGCGACGUAGCAGAACUGGUGAAAUUCACAGAAGAUUAUCGUCGCCGACGUCGCGAUAGGGUGUUAGAAAUACAGUAUGAGAGAGCAAAGGCUCAUCACUUGCCUCCUCCGCUCCCCCAGUCCAGGAUGCUUUUAGAAACAAAAACACCUGGACUGCCGGGUGAUGUCAGGCGAGUAGAAGAGACAGAGAUCUUCAUUGAUGAGAGCCGAAGGUCACGCCAACGCUCUCCGAUACUCAGAGAACGUGUUAUUUAA